AUGCCCGACCCACAGUCCCCCGACAUGCAAGCCCGCCGGGAGGCGGACUACGAGCGCUUCAAGAACUACGCGGCCCUGACCUUCCUCGUCGCAUCACCGGUGCUGAUCGCCCUCCCGCCCCGAAAACUAGACCAUCUGACCGUUCUCCUCACGUCCGCCUUCUGUGUCUCCGCGAACCAUCUUACCCGUGAACGCACCGGCCGGAGUAUCGUCGAGCGCAUCGAGUCGCGCAUUUCCUCUACGUCGAAGGCUAUGCCCAUCCCCGCUGAUUUGCCGAGUGAGCGCGCGCGCGAGAUCCAGGCGCAGUUGAGGGCUGCGCGGGAUGCGCAGAUCAAGGAGGGGGGCUUGGUCGGGGAGGAGUUGGAGCGGUUGAAGGCCAGACAGAGGCAGGAGAAGGGCGUGUUGGAGCAGGUCUGGAUGGGUGGGGAGGAGACUGGGUGGAAGGAGAGGAGGUUGAGGGAGGAGCAGCAGGCUUUGGAGGAGGGGAAGGGGUAUGGGGAUUUGAUCAAAGAGCAUAUUUGGGAUGUUUGGACUUGGGGGGAGAAAGAGGGUGAGGGGAAGGAUGAGAGUGGGAAGGAGGGGCGCUGA